AUGGCGUCGUCCGUCGCCGGCGCGCUGCGUCGGGGAGCGCCGAGCGCCGGCAAACGAGUCGGGCUCGAGCGACAAGUCGACGAGGUCGUCACCAUCCUCGCCCCCGGUCCGUUCGCGUCGACCGGCGGGUUCUCCCAGGCGGAGACGAAAGCCGCGACCGAGGCGAUCGAGCGCGCGAGGGCGACGUGGAAGGAACGCAGACGCGCGGGGGCUUUGCUCGAGGAGGCCAUGGGCGGGUCGAGGGGUAGUAGGGCGGCGUGA